AUGUCUUCGCCGUCUACCCCUCUUUCGACCAGCGAUCUGGAAAGCUGGGAGCCAAAUGAUGUCCAGAAGCUGCUCCACACGCUCAUCCACAGACACUGUGUCUUCUCCGGCAUGCACAACUGUGCCGCCGAGAUGGAGAGAACGGUACAGAUGCUCACCUCCGAGCAGCUUGCCGAAAUGGGUAUCCCUGAAGAGCCGUCGGGCCAAUUCCUUGUCCAGUGGUUCACCAUCUAUCGUGAGCUAUCUCGACUCAAGGGUACAGACACCACGCUGCAGGAGAAGCUGGUACAGACUGCCGACCGCAUCCGUACUGAGGGUGAGGGAAUGCCAGCACCGCCUCCGCCAAGCGCCAUGCCACCACGGCCUCAACAAGGACAGAAGCGCAAGGCACCGGUAGACGAAGAGCAGCCGCCAAACUUACAGCAACAGCUGCAAGAACAGGCCACAAAGGCUCAACCGCUGCGGCAACAGCCACCUCCGCAGAUGCAGAUACAGACGCAGCCGCAGACGCAAACACAGCCAGAAGUGAUAUUUGUGCAGGAGAAAAAGGUGUCGCCGCCAGAGCAGUCGUUGCCAUCAGACCAAAUCAUCACCAGGCCGCCGCGAUCAACUUUGGGACCACAACCGGCAUCACUGCACCCAAAUCGACACGGCAAGAAGUCGUGGGAAGAAAUUCUGCCCAAAACGGAAGACGGCAACUGGGACACGCGCAAGAUCGACAACGACGUCAUCCGCAGCAUCGACGACUACCAGCUGCGCCUUAUGAUCCUCGAGCAGCGAAACAGACAACUGCUGCGAGAUGCCCGAGAAAAGGACAACAGCGCCCCGUCAAAUGGCCGCCAUACUUGA